AUGGAGGAUCUCCCUGACUUGUUCUUUCUUCUAGCCGGAGCUGCAUCCGCAGCUCUCGUCUUCACAAUCUAUCAUGUCUCCGUUUGGUGCAACAGGUCCAUAACUUCCACUGCAGCUCCUGCUGGGCCACAGCAGCUGGACCGGCCAUUGACAUAUGAAGAUGGGGCGACACCGGCCGGAUGCGUUGAGAUCACGACGGUGCGUAAGUAUGAGAAGGAUAUGGAGUUGGUGGGAGAUGAUAGAAUGUGUGUAGUGUGCUUGUCUGAGUUUGAAGAGGGUGAGGAGCUACGUACUUUGCCUCAUUGCAUGCACUCUUUUCAUGUUCCAUGCAUCGAUAUGUGGCUCAAUUCUCACAUGAAUUGCCCCUUGUGCCGCUUGCCUUCAUCGCUUAUGUUUUUAGAGACGCAGCAGGAUUUGCGAAUGUCGCCUACUAACAAUAUUGCUGCAUAA